CCUGCUGCCCUCACAGCCCCUCUGCUUGCCCCAGUGGCCUUGCCUCCCAGAUCGCAGAGGCAGCCAAAGAGAGCGAUGGGUUCCCACUGCGCCAAGCUCAGCACAGUUGGUGGCCGGGGCCACAAAUCCACCAUGAAGAAGCUUGUGGCCUGCGUGAGUCAGGAUAGCUUCUCCUUGUCUACGGAAGGAGAGGAACAGGAGCAGGGAGAAGAAGAGGAGGGGGAAGAGGAGCUCCCGGUGCAGGGCAAGCUGCUACUGAUGGAGCCCGAGCAGUAGGAGGAGGGCGCCGAGAGGAAUACCUUUGGCCCUGCAGAGACCCGAGUCCAGGCAGAUGCACUCCUGACGUACGACCUGCAAUCACGGCCCAGGAAGAGGUGCCUGCCGCUGCUCCAGCAAGAAUCAUUUUCAGAAAAGACUCAAUAA